CCCCCCAGCCAUUUUGUGCAGCUUUCACCAGAGAGAGGCUGCUGUGUAUAAUAGAAAUGGUCUUAAUAAAAAAGGGGGAGUAGCUGCUGUGUGAUUCAGGUGGGGGAGGGAUGAGGAAGGUUUAUAAAUAUCUCACACAGCCUCAUUUUAUUAUUUUUUUUUUAACUUUACAUAUAAUAAUUGAAGGGGCGGCCAUCUUGGUUCCCUGUCAACUUUCCUAUUUGAUCUGAAUAAAAAUAAAUCCCGAUUCUUUUAACUAAAGAUUUAUUUUUUACCCUCUCAAGACUUUUCUUCCUGAAUAUUUUUAACCCCUUUAAGUUUUCUUAAAGGGGAGGGUGGCAGAGAUUUGAGAUUUUUUUUUUGUGUGCUGGUUCACAAAUAAAACACGGGGUUUUUUUUGGACAAAGAAAGAAAAUCUGAUUUUUUUUUAUAUCCUCCCCCCACCUUUUUUGUGUUGAUGUUUUUGACCCCCCCCUUCUAAGCGAUUUUUUUUUUUAAUGAUUUGUGAGGAAUUUCUGAGGAGAAUUUUCGAGAAUACCGUUGGAUGAAGUCGUCUUUAGGGUUAUUUUUGAAUAUUCCGGACAUUUUUCGCAGUUUUUCCUGUCAGGAAACUUUACCGUGAGGCGAGCGGGCGAGCGAGGAGCAGAAAGCGGACGGCCGAUGUCUUCCUCCCCGCUGAGGGACGAAGAAGAAGAAGAGGAGAUGGCCGUGUCCGAAGAAGGGGACGGCGAAAAGGAGGAGGAAGAGGAUGAUGAAGAAGAAGAGGACGAAGAGGAGGAGGAAAGAGAAGUUGACAACGAGGACGAUGAGCCCGAGGCGACACCGAGGCGCCAUAGCCCCAGCCUUCUCUUCCCGCCAACGUCCUCCAGGGAGCCGGGGAGUGUUGAAACCUACGACGCGCCAACCGUCGCCGCUGCCGCAGCAGAAGAUGAAGAGCUGUCUCCAGUCCCUUCUCCUGAGAUCGUCACCAAGAAAAAGAGGGGACCCAAGAAGAAGAUCCGAGACAAAGAGAGAGAACCGAGAGCCAUAAAAGGGCGGAAACGCAAAAAGCCUGAAAGCGAUGACGACCUUAACUGGGACAUGGGGAUGGGAGACCAUGUCUCUCAGGACAGCGAUGGCGAAGCCGGAGGAAAGAAAAGGAAGAAGAAACACAAAGAAAAGAAAGAGAAGAAAACCAAGAAAAGGAAGAAAGAAGAGGAGGUGGUGGUGGAGCGGAAGGUGGAGCAGAAGUCCUCCGUGGCGCUGCUGGCCAGCUGGGGCUUGGAGGACGUCGAUCACGUUUUUACAGAUAACGAUUAUCACACACUGACGAACUACAAAGCCUUCAGCCAGUUCAUGAGGCCUCUCAUUGCCAAGAAGAACCCCAAAAUCCCCAUGUCCAAGAUGAUGACCAUUCUGGGUGCCAAGUGGCGGGAAUUCAGUGCCAACAACCCUUUCAAGUCGUCACCUGCGGCAGUGGCAGCGGCGGCGGCAGCAGCUGCAGCAGCAGUGGCCGAACAGGUUACCCUCCCUGCCAGCGUUCCCCAGGCAAUGCCAAUCCGCAGAGCCAAGACCAAGGAGGGCAAGGGUCCAGGCCAUAAGAAGCAGAGCAAGAGCACCCGGGUGGCAGAGCCCAAGAAAAAGCCGGGCAAAAAGAAAAUGACCCUUCUGAAGAUUAAACUGGGUGGAGUGAAGCGCAAAGCUGGCAGUUCGAGCGAGGAGAUGGAGCACCCGGAGGUGUCCGACAUGGAGGACUCCAGCGUCCACAGCUCUUCUGCCCCUUCCGACAGUUCAGGAAGAGUAAAGAGAAAGAGAGGGAGACCGGCUGGAAAAAAGAAGAAGAAAGGUAAAGUGUGGAGAGUUGUCGUGGAGGAAGGGAUCUCUGCGGGUGAGGGCUAUGAAACGGACCACCAGGACUACUGCGAGGUCUGCCAGCAAGGGGGCGAGAUCAUCUUGUGUGACACGUGUCCCCGGGCUUAUCACUUGGUGUGCCUAGAACCAGAAUUAGAGCGAGCCCCCCAGGGCAAUUGGAGCUGCCCCCAUUGUGAGAAAGAGGGAGUCCAAUGGGAAGCCAAGGAACUGGAGGAAGAAGAGCUGGAGGAACGUAGGCGAAAUAGGCGGGAAGAAGAAGACGACCACAUGGAGUUCUGUCGAGUGUGUAAGGAUGGUGGAGAGCUGCUGUGCUGUGAUGCUUGUGUAUCCUCCUACCACAUUCACUGCCUCAACCCUCCAUUGCCCGACAUCCCACAUGGGGAAUGGCUUUGCCCACGAUGCACGUGCCCAAGGCUAAAAGGUCGGGUCCAGAAGAUUCUGCACUGGCGUUGGGGGGUUCCUCCAGAAGGAGUCCAAGUUCCUCAAAUACCGAGUGCUACUGCCGAUCAGGAACCCCCCAGAAGCCUGCAGGGGAGGUCGGAGAGAGAGUUCUUUGUCAAGUGGGCAGGAAUGUCGUAUUGGCAUUGCUGCUGGAUCACAGAGCUUCAGCUGGAGAUAUUCCACACGGUCAUGUACCGCAACUUUCAGAGGAAAAACGAUAUGGAUGAGCCACCGCCUUUUGAUUACGGCUCAGGAGAAGAUGAGGGAAAGAUCGAGAAGAACAAAGAUGCCGAAUACUCCGACAUGGAGGAGAGGUUCUACCGAUACGGCAUCAAACCCGAGUGGAUGUCUGUACAGAGGAUUAUCAACCACAGUGUGGAUAAGAAAGGAACGUACAGUUAUCUGGUUAAAUGGAGAGACCUUUCUUAUGAUCAGUCAACAUGGGAGGAGGACAACAUGAAGUUACCAGAUUAUGAUUACCACAAGCAGUUAUAUUGGAGACAGAGGGAACUGAUCAUGGGUGAGAGUAACUCCUGUCCUGCAAAAUACAAGAGGAACCACAAAGAGCUGUACAUGGAGAACGUGCCCAGGUCCCCCACCAAUGACCCCACAGUGAAGUACGAAACUCAGCCGCCGUUCGUGUCGUGCACGGGCGGCACGCUUCAUAUGUACCAGCUGGAGGGAUUGAACUGGUUGCGGUUCUCCUGGGCACAAGGCACGGAUACCAUUCUGGCCGACGAGAUGGGCCUGGGAAAAACCAUACAGACCAUAGUGUUCUUGUAUUCUCUCUAUAAAGAGGGACAUACAAGGGGCCCUUUCCUUGUUAGCGCCCCACUUUCCACCAUCAUAAACUGGGAGCGGGAGUUCCAGAUGUGGGCACCAGACUUCUACGUUGUGACUUAUACAGGAGACAAGGACAGUCGGGCUGUGAUCCGAGAGAACGAAUUCUCCUACCAGGACAACGUGAUCAAGGGAGGGAAGAAGGCCUUCAAGAUGAAGGCUCAAGCUCAAGUGAAGUUUCACGUUCUUCUCACCUCGUACGAGCUGGUCACGAUUGAUCAGGCUGCUCUAGGAUCCAUACGUUGGGCCUGUCUGGUGGUGGAUGAGGCUCAUCGUCUUAAGAACAACCAAUCAAAGUUUUUCAGGGUGCUGAAUGGAUAUCAGAUUGAUUACAAGCUGCUCCUCACAGGGACCCCUCUGCAGAACAACCUGGAGGAACUUUUCCAUCUUCUCAACUUCCUCACUCCAGAACGAUUCAAUAAUCUGGAAGGAUUCUUAGAAGAAUUCGCAGACAUUUCCAAAGAAGAUCAAAUCAAGAAGUUGCACGAUCUGCUGGGUCCACACAUGCUGCGCCGACUUAAAGCCGAUGUGUUUAAAAACAUGCCGGCAAAGACGGAGCUCAUCGUCAGGGUGGAGCUCAGUCCCAUGCAGAAGAAGUAUUACAAGUUUAUCUUGACUCGUAACUUCGAUGCUCUCAACUCACGAGGAGGAGGGAACCAGGUCUCAUUACUGAACAUCAUGAUGGACCUGAAGAAGUGCUGCAACCAUCCAUACCUCUUCCCUGUGGCUGCAAUGGAGUCUCCAAAACUCCCGACUGGUGCCUAUGAGGGAGGCUCUCUCAUCAAAUCUUCGGGCAAGCUGCUGCUUUUACAGAAGAUGCUUCGGAAGCUGCACGAACAAGGGCAUCGAGUCCUCAUCUUUUCCCAGAUGACCAAGAUGCUGGACCUCUUAGAAGACUUCCUGGACUACGAGGGCUACAAAUAUGAGCGGAUAGAUGGAGGGAUCACUGGUUCGUUAAGACAGGAAGCCAUCGAUAGAUUUAAUGCUCCCGGUGCUCAGCAGUUCUGCUUCUUACUCUCCACACGUGCCGGGGGUCUGGGGAUCAACCUGGCGACUGCAGACACCGUCAUUAUCUACGAUUCUGACUGGAACCCCCACAACGACAUUCAGGCCUUCAGUAGGGCUCACCGAAUCGGCCAGGCCAACAAAGUGAUGAUCUACAGAUUUGUGACGCGGGCGUCAGUCGAGGAACGUAUAACACAGGUGGCCAAGAGGAAGAUGAUGUUGACCCACCUAGUGGUGAGACCAGGGCUUGGCUCCAAGGCUGGUUCCAUGUCCAAGCAGGAGCUUGAUGACAUCCUGAAGUUUGGGACAGAAGAACUAUUUAAGGAUGAAAUAGAAGGUGAUAACAAAGAGGACGACAGCAGCGUCAUCCACUACGACAACGGGGCCAUCGCGCGGCUCCUGGAUCGCAACCAGAACGAGACGGAGGACACCGAAGUGCAGAACAUGAACGAGUACCUCAGCUCCUUCAAAGUCGCUCAGUACGUGGUGCGAGAGGAGGAGAAGUUGGAGGAGCUGGAACGGGAGGUGAUCAAACAGGAGGAGAACGUGGAUCCCGAUUACUGGGAGAAGCUGCUCCGCCAUCACUAUGAGCAGCAGCAGGAGGACCUGGCACGCAACCUGGGCAAGGGCAAGAGGGUGAGGAAGCAAGUGAACUACAACGACGCCGCGCAGGAGGAUCAGGAUAACCAGUCUGAAUACUCCGUGGGUUCUGAGGAAGAGGAUGAAGAUUUUGAUGAGAGAGCCGAAGGACGCAGGCAGUCUCGCCGACAACUGCGCAACGAGAAGGACAAGCCACUGCCGCCUCUACUGGCCCGGGUCGGUGGGAAUAUAGAGGUUCUGGGGUUCAACACGCGGCAGCGGAAGGCCUUCCUGAAUGCGGUGAUGCGCUGGGGAAUGCCACCCCAGGACGCCUUCUCCACACACUGGCUGGUGAGAGACUUGCGGGGCAAGUCAGAGAAGGAGUUUAAAGCCUACGUAUCUCUGUUCAUGAGACAUCUAUGUGAACCGGGCGCAGACGGCUCUGAGACCUUUGCUGAUGGUGUCCCCCGAGAAGGGCUGUCCCGCCAGCAGGUGUUGACCCGUAUCGGUGUCAUGUCCCUGGUGAAGAAAAAGGUGCAGGAGUUUGAACACAUUAAUGGACGCUGGAGCAUGCCCGAGCUAAUGCCCGAUCCCAGCCUGGACUCCAAGCUGUCAUCACGGGCCUCCUCACCCACUAUAAAGACCAGCACCACCACUCCAGAGCCCAGCCUCACCAACACCCCAUGCACUUCUAAACCAGCCACUCCAGCACCUAGUGAUCGUGCCGAAAAUGGGGGGACUCCGGUCGACAGAGAGGAUGCAGAAAACCGAGAACAGAAAGAAAAGGAUGUAAAGGGGGUAGAGAAGAGAGAGAUGGAAGGAGAUGUCACUGCGAAUGUGCGGACCCCCACUCCUCAGGAUACAACGAGUCCAUCUUCCAGCAUUGCACCUGAGAAGAGUGAUGAGAAGCCGAUACCAGAAACAUCAAAUCAGCCACAUGGGAUACAAGAUCCUGGAUCUCAAGCAUCGGUGGUGGACAACCGGAACGCGCCUCAGCCAGAGAAAACACAAGAUGGCGCCACUGAGAAGGAUCUUACAGCUGAGAGACUGGACGCCGGACAGGGGGAGACGCCAAAGGCACCAGAGGAAGUCAAGUUUGAGAGAGAGACUCUGAAAGAGCUGAAGACCAGCAAUCAGCGCGACGAGACGAGGAGCAGUAAUGGCAGGAAGGAGGAGAGCCGGCCCGAGAGGCCGCGCUUCAUGUUUAAUAUUGCGGAUGGGGGAUUCACAGAACUUCACACCUUGUGGCAGAACGAGGAGCGGGCGGCCAUCUGCUCUGGCAGGCUGAACGAGAUCUGGCACCGCCGCCAUGAUUACUGGUUACUGGCCGGAGUCGUUAUACAUGGAUAUGCCCGUUGGCAGGACCUCCAGAAUGACCCGCCCUUUGCCAUAAUUAACGAGCCAUUCAAAUCCGAGACUAACAAGGGGAACUUCUUGGAGAUGAAGAACAAGUUCCUGGCCAGACGAUUUAAGCUCCUGGAACAAGCGCUAGUGAUUGAGGAGCAGCUGCGCCGCGCGGCCUACCUGAACAUGACACAGGAUCCGUCCCAUCCAGCCAUGGCCCUGAAUGCCCGUUUCUCAGAGGUGGAAUGUCUGGCGGAGAGUCACCAACACCUGUCCAAGGAAUCCCUGGCAGGGAACAAGCCGGCCAAUGCCGUCCUCCAUAAAGUGUUGAACCAGCUGGAGGAGCUGUUGAGCGACAUGAAAGCCGACGUAACGCGCCUGCCUGCCUCCCUCGCACGCAUCCCACCCAUCGCCGCCAGACUGCAGAUGUCCGAGCGCAGUAUCUUGAGCCGACUGGCAAGCAAAGGGAGCGAGAGCGCAGCUCCUCCGGUUUUUCCCCCUGGUCCUUACACCACGCCUCCUCUCUUCGGGGGCCAUUUUCCAGGCAACCCACCCACAGCACCACAUACUGGGACACAUUAUAAUCAAAUGCCCCUGGGGUCUUUUUUGUCAGCUUCUAAUGGUCCUCCCAUCCUGGUAAAGAAAGAGAGAGAGAUGGACCUAAUGGAAAGGAAAGACGGAAGAUCUGGUGAGGUGAUUUGUAUUGACGACUGACCGCUUUCCCCGCCUGGUGUUUGCUAUUACAUGGGAAAGCAUUGUGCAGUUCUUGACGGGAAGCAGUGACAGAUAUGACCGGCCAGGAGUGACAGCUCUGCGGGGUCGUGGCCCAGAUUUCCUCC